AUAAAAGAGGGAGUGAAGCUCACUCACUCUCCACCCCCCUCUCCCAAAAAGAGCCAAAUGGAUCCGAGAAGGGGGGAAAAAAAAACCCAAACCACGCACACCAAUCUCGGAGGGGAUGCCAGUGAGGUGUGGCUUGUAUUUAAAUACCCAAUAUGUCAAUGUAAGGGGAGUGAGUGCGGAUGUAUAUAAAGUGGCGUUCGCCUGUGAUAGCCGGACACACCGAGGGAUGAAAGGCAGCCCGAGAUCAAGGCCCAGGGGCCCCGCCACUUUUGUUCCCAGCGCCGUGCAGCAGCCGUCCCAGCAGCGCGCUCCCCGCCACCGCCGCCGCCGCUGAGCGAGCCGAGCAGGUCCCCCGGCCGGCCACGACUCGGGCCACCCACCCGCCCGCCAGCCCGCCCGUCCGCCCGCCUGCCCAGAGGGAGGCCCCGAGCCAGCCAGCCAGCCCGCGAGCCAGCAAGCUAGAGAAGCCGGAGCCCGGGAAGCAGCAGGGAGCUCAGCCCCAGCUCGGGAGCUCAGCCCCAGCUCCGCAGCUCUGCCCGUUCCCCUCGCCCCUGCUCGCCCUCGGCUGCUCCAGCCGGGGAGCCAGCCAGCCAGCCAGCCAGCCAGCCAGCCAGCCAGCCCGCGGCGCACACACCCGAGCGCGCACACACUCCCGCUCCCUCGCCCACUCCCCCACACACGCACACGCUCCCUCACACACCCCCUACGGUGGCCGGGGCCAUGGCCGAGCUCGGGGGGGCUCUGGGAGCCUCUCUGGACUGGGACGUGCACGGCUUCUCGUCGUCCCUGGGGAGCAUGCCCUUAGCCGACUCCCCGGGCUUCCUGACCGAGCGGCUGGGCCAGAUCGAGGGCAAGCUGCAGCGCGGCUCGCCCACCGACUUCGCCCACCUCAAGGGGAUCCUGCGGCGCAGGCAGCUCUACUGCCGGACCGGCUUCCACCUGGAGAUCUUUCCUAACGGCACCGUGCACGGCACCCGGCACGACCACAGCCGCUUCGGAAUCUUGGAAUUUAUCAGCCUGGCCGUGGGACUGAUCAGCAUUCGGGGAGUGGACUCGGGCCUGUAUCUAGGGAUGAAUGAGCGUGGCGAACUAUACGGCUCGAAGAAGCUCACCAGAGAAUGUGUUUUCCGGGAGCAGUUUGAAGAAAACUGGUACAAUACCUAUGCGUCCACCUUGUACAAGCAUUCGGACUCGGAGAGACAGUAUUAUGUGGCCCUGAACAAAGACGGCUCACCUCGAGAGGGCUUCAGGACUAAGAGGCACCAGAAGUUCACCCACUUUUUACCCAGGCCCGUUGACUCCUCUAAACUGCCCUCCAUGUCCAGAGACCUGUUCCGCUAUAGAUGAUGUGCCUGGCCUCUGUUUCCCCUCCCCCUCCCCACCAGUGGUGGGGCCACAGUUAUGUCCUUGAGCUCUAUACUCAUAGCCUUUCAAGUCGUCCUUUUUAACAACUUCGAUAACAGAGAAGCACUUAAGUUGAACUCAAUCCAGCCGAGCCCUUGUUGUUGAAAGUGUAUUUACAGGUUGCGGGGAUUUGGGGGUGGGGUGGGGAGAACUAGAGUAGAGGAAGGGGGGGUGGGGAUAGGACCUGAAUAUCACUCCCAGAGGUGGGGAAAAGAGCAAUUGGGGGGAGGGAAGGAAAGGGAAGGGAGUGGAGGGGAAGGGAGGGCAAUGGAGGGGAUUGGGGGGGGGUGUUUCCCACCACACAAACCACACAGACACCUUGACACCAAACACAUGAAAGAAGAGCCCAGAGCUUGCCGCCAUCCUCCAAAUCCCUGGGGAGCUGACAGCCCCGUAUGUAGGAAGAGGGAGGAGGGGAGCAGGAAGGAAAAAAAAAAAAACACGAAGAUAUCAGCACAAACGCUGUGCAGAAGGGCUAAAAACUAUUUAUAAAAUAUGCUAUUUAUUUUGUAUGUUUAUUUAUUUCAAAAGAAUUUUAUUUUUCAGAGAGAUGUUAUGAUUGGAUUUUAGUCAGAAAGAAGAAGGUCCUACUGAAACACAAAACAAAUGAGUUUUUGACGGUUUCCUGGCAAUAAAAUCGGCUUUAUGAUGUG